UUUCCUCAUACCAGCACACUUCCCAGGGCCCCAAACCCAAGUGCACUUUCUCUCUCACAGUCAGUCAGGCUCAGGAGGACUCAGGAAAAUCCAACAGAGAGAAGAGAGGGAGAGAUGGAAGGUGACGCAGAGGCGAAUGGCGAUGCCAACGGAGAGAUAUUAGGGCCUUGCUUGACUGGUUAUGUAGACGACGGUAGCCCAGAGAGCCACAGAUACUACCUGUCACGCAGAACCGUGCUGGAGAUGAUAAGGGACAGAGGCUAUUCUGUUCCAAGCCCAGAAAUCGACCUCUCUCUCCAAGAAUUUCGAGCCCGUCACGGCCAGAAUCCGGAUGUUGAGCGCCUCCGCUUCUCCGCUACUCAUCGCACUGACCCUACUGACAGGAUAAUGGUCAUUUACUGCGGGCCUGGUAUCGUGAAGGUUAAUGUGAUUCGUGGGCUGCAUUCUCAGAUUGCUAAUAAAGACACUUUGAAUGGGCUCAUAUUAAUUACCCAAAACCAAAUAACAAGCCAAGCUCUAAAAACUAUGGAACUUUAUCCAUUUAAAACUGAAAUAUUCCAGAUUACUGACUUGCUUGUUAAUAUCACAAAGCAUGUCUUGAAGCCAAAGCAUCAUGUACUGACUGAACAAGAGAAACAAAAACUCCUAAAGAAGUACAACAUAGAAGAAAACCAGCUUCCCCGACUGUCAAGAAAAGAUGCGAUUGCACAGUACUAUGGACUUGAGAAGGGGCAGGUAGUGAAAGUUACCUAUACUGGUGAUAUAACCGAGUCACAUGUUACAUACCGUUGCAUCUGGUGACGCCUUUUUCUUCUGGGUGCUCAUUUGUAUCAUAUCCUUUGAGGAAUGACGCUCUUUCUAGUUUCUAGUUUCUAGUUUCUAGUUUCUAGUUUGUGGCCUCUUGUAUCUGUAACCUUGAUAAAUAUCCGUCUUUUAUUUUGUUUCUUGUUUUCCUUAUAAAAAAAGAACUUAUUUCUUGUUUCAA